ACCACGCCACAAGCGACGCCCACGCCAAGAGCCGCCCUAGUGUGCGUGAGACAAACCUUUUAGGGUUUCCCUCUCUUCGCGUGUUUGUCUUCCUCUUCUUCCCGGUCGAUCCAAUGGAGCAGGAGGCGGUCCGAUCGAAGGGCACGGUGAAGUGGUUUAACGAUACCAAGGGGUUCGGCUUCAUCACGCCAGACGAUGGCGGGGAGGAUCUCUUCGUUCACCAGUCUUCCAUCAAAUCCGACGGGUUCCGGAGCCUCGCCGAGGGCGAGAACGUGGAGUAUUCCCUCUCCGAGGGGGACGACGGGCGCAGCAAGGCCAUCGACGUCACCGGCCCGGAUGGAUCUUCGGUCCAGGGUAGUGGUGGAGGGCGAAGGGAUGGCUUCGGUGGGGGCCGAGGGGGAUCAUCUCGGGGCGGAGGUUAUGGAGGAGGUUACGGGUUCACCAGCGGUGGUGGCGGAGGGAGAGGAAGGGGAGGAGGUUAUGGCGGGGGAGGCUCAGGCGGUGCCUGCUACAAGUGCGGCGAGACUGGACACAUUGCUAAAGAUUGUUACCAGGGUGGCGGUGGAGGUGGCAACGGAGGCGGUGGUGGUGCUUGCUAUAACUGCGGUGAGACGGGGCAUCUUGCUAGAGAUUGUUACCAGGGUGGAGGCGGAGGUGGGAGGAAUGGUGGGGGCGGUGGUGGAUCCUGUUAUAACUGUGGUGAGACCGGGCACUUUGCUAGGGAGUGCCCAGGCAGGAACUGAGAAUGGAUUUAAUUUACCAUUAGCAUCAACUUUUUUGCCCAUCUAUCCAUGAUCUAAUACUCUAACAUCUGCUACCUUGUGGGCUUAUGUUCUCUUUUGGCGUUGCUUGUAAUCGCAGUAUUCCUCCUCCUUGCAAUACAUGCGGAUGUCUGUUUGACUUGAUAUGUCUAUUUUGUUGGAUUGUAACUUCACUUUUGGAUCUUGAAAGCAAUAUUUGAAUUGCAAGCUAGUGUUUCUCAA